UUUUUGUGAAUAUGGAGUUUUAUGUAGCAUAAAUAUCUACUUUAAAUCAUUUAUAACUCUGAUUUCUUUAUAUAGAUUAUUACGAAACAUCAUGAAUCGAAGGAGAAGGCUUGCAUUUGACGAUCAGAUGUUUAGCAAAGAACCUUUUCGGAAGAGAACUCAGAGAAAGAAGAAGUCAAUAGAUCCCAUUAAGGACUGGAAAUCGUCUGUUAAAACCUAUAUUAGGAAGAAUUCUCUUGCUGAGUAUUUGGAUGACUACAAUUGUGACCCACGUGAAGCCUUGAGAGAGAAAAUGGAAGUCUUUUACAGUGAUUGCAAGAAUUACUCAUAUAAGCUGAGGCGCUUUUUUAAGAAGAAACCUUGAAGGAAGAAUGAGAAAUGGAUGUCGUUUGAAGGACCUAAGCUUCAAAGCAACUUUAGAGGGAAUCACAAAGCCAGUCUGAAUUGGAAAUAAGAUAUCAGAUUUUGUGCUCUAUAAGCCUAAAUAAAAACGAACUUUUAAAAACUUUGGUUAAUAAACAACUGAGGACAAAUGUGAAAUUGAAGAGAAUUCAGUACAAGAAGAGAGCACAUAAGACCAAGGUGGAUGACCAGGUUAGUGUGAUGCAUUCAGAGACAUCUGAGACCAACAAGUUCCUUAAUGAGUCUCUCAAAGAUCUCAAGCAAAGUUUUUGCAAGAAGAAAUACCACAUGAGAGUAAAAUAUAAAGGGAAAUCCGAGGAAAAGAAAUUGUUCAAGAAAACUAUUGGAACUCAAUCCCUUAUUUAUGAGCAAAGAACCAGACCAGGGAAGAGAAAUGUUAAAGAAAAUAUUAAGAACCAGCUUGAUCAGAAGCAAUCAAGUACAAAGAAAUUAACAGAUUUAUUGAAAACUCAGGAGUCUUUAUGGAGAAAAUCAAGGAGACGCCAGUCAACAGGCCAGAAUGCUUAUGCAUACUUACGUGAAAGUCUCAAACCUCGGAGAAAGUUCAAGCCGUUGCUCUCUAGGAACAAUAGCAUUAUUCCUGAUGAAACAGAGACCUUGCUUCCAAAAGAAACUCAGCUUCAGAUCAGCACCAAAGUAAGCAAGCUAAGAAAGAGCCUUGAAUACUUAAAGCAGAAUGUAAAGACUAGUGCAUCUUUGAUAAAUAGUCCGAAUCCAGUGAUUCAGAAAAGUAUGUUCAAGCAAGAUAGGAAAAGUGACGGCCAAGAUAUCCAAACUUGUCCAGCGACAAACCCUCUGUACCUUCCAAAGAAGUACAAGAAGGUAUGGAUGGAUGAGAGUUUCAGUUUAACCCUUAUUGAUCAGCCUUCUUUACCAUCUGCUAUUCGUAGCCCAGUGUCAUAGUUCUUAUCAAUCUUGAAAAUA